CUAUAAGAGAGCAGGACAUCGCGUCCGCCAUAUUGUCGAGAUUGUAGUACGCGCGAUAAUAAGAAUUUAAUCAUUCACUCUCGUCUAUGGAUAGGGAACUGGUUAACUAUACUCGGUGUUGAUUUUGUUAAUACAUGAUAAUAUGUGAAUGUGCCUUAAUCUACCUACUUUGUGAACAAUUUACCACUACGGGUUGCUGAGGUUACACAUAAGAAUACAGGAAUGGCAAACGUGGAGUUUAUUUUUACCAUAUUUACUGCUUUAUCAGUUACCACAUUGACAAUGGCAAAUAAGCAAGAAUUGCAGUCUGUCAUUCAAGGAAACAGCUUGUUUACCAAAGAGCUAUACAGCAUAUUAUCCAAAACUGAAGGAAAUGUAUUUUUUUCACCAAUCAGUGUGCAUGCCAUAUUGUCUUUGGCAUUCCAAGGAGCUAAGGGAGCAACUAAAGAAGCUUUUGCUAAAUCUUUAAAUGUGGUAGACAGUGAUGUUGCAGCUACUGGUUACAAAGAUAUCCUGGCACACUUAAACAACAUUUCUGAUGUUCAGUUGCUAAUGGCCAACAAAGUUUAUGUGAAGCAAGGAAGAAAUUUGAAACAGUCAUUCAAAGAUGUGACUGAGAAACAUUUCCUUGCAGAAGUGGAAGCAGUUGAUUUUGUGCAAAGUAAAGAAGCAGCAGAAAAGAUCAACUCAUGGGUUGAACAUAAAACUAAUAACAAAAUCAAAGACCUAAUAAAUCCUGGGGAUCUUGAUGCCCUCACUAGAUUAAUACUAGUAAAUGCAAUCUACUUCAAAGGCAUGUGGUUGAAUAAGUUUAAUCCAGAACGUACACAAACUGAAAAAUUUUAUUUGAAUGAGAAUGAUACCGUUGAUGUCCAAAUGAUGUUUAAUAAAGACAAAUAUCUUUUCAAGGAAGACAGUAAAUUAGAUGCAAAAAUUCUUGAGAUGCCUUAUUCAAAUCAGGAUGUUAGCCUGGUAAUUAUCUUACCAAAUAAGAGAGAUGGAAUAGCUGAACUGGAACAAAAACUGUUUGAUACAGAUUUAACCAAAAUAACUGAAAAUAUGUUCAAAGUUGAUGUGAUUGUUAAAUUGCCAAAGUUCAAAAUUGAACACACAAUUCAAUUAAAUGAACCUCUCUCUAAGGCGGGUCUUGACAUAAUAUUUGGAGACCAGGCUGAUUUUUCUGAAUUACUUGAAGGUGAUGAAGCACUGCAAGUAAGCAAAGUUGUACAAAAAGCAUUUAUUGAAGUUAAUGAAGAAGGUACUGAAGCUGCUGCUGCCACUGGGGUGCAAAUAAAUCUACUCAUGGCGUCGUUUCCACCGCAACAACCGAAUUUGUUUUACGCAGAUCAUCCGUUCAUAAUAUUAUUAAACAAUUAUUUAAGAGUUAGAGAUGAAGAGAAAAAUGCUAUAUUCCCUGUGUUGUCCAACCUGUUCAUAGGAAGAGUGGUGUUUCCAAAGUAAAUUAAAAAAUGAAAUGAAAUUUUCAUUAUUUUAAAUUGCACAUGUAACGAAAAAUAUCUCAAAGAAACUGGUGCAGUAAGACCAUAAUCAAAAAAUAGAGCCUUAAAUAUUAGUUGAAACAAUAAUUGCUUUUAGUAACCAUUUAUGUCAGUCUCUAUUUAUUAAAAAAAAUGCAAAUAAAGCUUUCAAAUUACUUAAAAAGGAUUAAACAAAAUAAAACUUAAUAUGAAAAUUUGCAAUAUAUAUUAAACAACUAAGUGAACAUAUUUAAAUACAUUAAUUAAAUAUCUAGAUGUUUUUACGGCCGCACAAAUUAUAUUUUACCCAAUAUUUAUGUCAAAUGGUCUUAGCACUUAAUAUGUAGCUAUUAGAAAUAGACGUGACAAAUUAUAUUUUACCCUAUACAUUUAUAUCCAAUUGGUCUUAGCACUUGAUAUGAUGAUUUUAUAUUAGAAAUAUACGUGUCAAAUUAGAUUUUACCCAAUACAUUUAUGUUUAUAUGGUAUUGAGACUUAAUAUGUAUAUUAGAAAUAGAACUAUUAGGUAGGAUGACCCGUCCAAAACGCAGUAUUGCUUGGAAAAUUUCAUUAAAAAAAACUAUGAAAUGCGUUAAAUUUGUUUGUGAGCGGGCAACUUUCAACGCAAAUUUAGCAUAAACUUAGUCAAACUAUGCGUCGAAGAGAUACCGCAAAUAACGUAAAAUGUUUAUUGAAGAUAUAUGCAUAUAACCCCCCCCCUGGGUUAAAAUUCAAUAAAUUUGCAUUCCUCAUAAAAAUUUAUCGUCUUCAUUCUAAUGAGAACUGUUCAAUAGGUCAACAAAGUACUAAAAUAUUAUUGAAAGGUACGACAAUUAAUUUAAAAUAGAAUACAAACUACACUUAUUCAAAAUUAAAACCGCUUCUACUAAAAAUUGUAUACUGCUGCAUUUAAGUAUGUUUCACUAUCACAAAGACCGAACAUUUAUGUAUUCAUAGAUGUUUUACAUGCUCGCACAAAUUCUAUUUAUUAGCUUUUAUAUACUGAGUGAACGGUAUUCAAUGCGCCAAACAGCAAAAAGAUUCAACUCUAUUCGCCAAAAAAGACUUGACAAUAUGCCUCGUUAGGGAAAUACAGGGUGAUACACAGCUUAGUUCCGAAAUUAUUUUCCUUAUAUCGAUUUCAAAAGAUUAUACAUCAAUGUCAAUAUGUCAGACGUAUGGGUAAUAUCCACCGAUUUAACCUGCAACAAAAUAUUACAAUUAACUAUCUUUAAACGAUCGGUAGUCGAUGUUCCUAAUCAUGACGACCUCUGCGGUUUAGAGAAGAAAUUUCAAAAACUAAACGUUAAUGCCAUAUAUCUCAUUAAAUAUGAAUUUCGUUACUUUAACGAAGAAUUGCUUUUUGAUCCAUUCUGUACCGACCACUCUGCAUGUAAAAGCUGUAAUGUAAACUAGCCAAAUGAAAGCAAUACUUGCAGAGUUGUUGCUUGCAUCUUUGACGUCUCCCAACUUCAUUUUUUCCCAAGAAUCCGAAAAUUCUUACCAUAGAACAUCCAUGUAUCCUACUGUUAGACUGCUUGUAAUAUCUUGUUUUUCGGAAAGUAAAUAACACAUGGACACACUGGGUAUGUUAGUUGCCUUUGUGUGAAGAUUAUAUUAAACUAACCAAACUGCAGGUGUAAUUAAUUUAAUAAAUUGAAUUGAACAGAUUCGGACACUUUGGUUGUUAUCCAGGCCGCCAUUCCUUAUAUGCAUGCCUUCGUUGUGAGGUGGAGUAGCACCAUCAUGUUUAAACCAUAUAUAUGCAUUUCUAAUGGGUGCAAUAACUUGAUAUCAAAUUGUGGGCAUUUUUUUAUCUUUUGAAAUACAUCCUUAAAACACUUGAAAAUUGUUUUAGUUUUCCGCAAUAUUUUUGGUACUUAAUCAAGGGAACUUAAAAAUAAUCAAAAUCAGCGAUACGCAACUUUUCGCUGAUUCAAUCC